AUGAUCGCUCUUGUUUUGUCCCUGUUCGCCUUCUUCUUCCAGUCAGGUUGGUGUUUAAUGAUGUUUGAACUCUUCGUGUUUUUCUCUGAAGUUAAAUUAAAUCUCAUUCUGGGUCAUUUUUCUAACAUGUUAGCCACAGUUUACCCGGAGAGGAGAGGAGACUGUCCGGACUCAGGAGUUAAACGGUGAAAUAAAGUUGAUUAAAGCUGAUUAAAGAGUGUUUUUAACGCUGUUUAUAAUAAUUAAACUCAAUGAAAGCUGCUCUCUGUUACUAACCGAAGCUUGUCUGUGAAUAUGCCGAUAAUCAGAGCAGAAAAGUUAAAGUCUGAGAAGUUUGAGUUGAAAAGGAUGAUGUUUUGUUUUGCUUUAUGUUUGAUCUGGGCUGUUUUCUGGUUUGAUUUUUAACAGUUUUAUUAAAACUUAGUUUAACUCUCAGCAGCGUGUCAACGUGUCCUCCUCUGUCUCAGAGAAGUUGACUCAUUAUCCUAUUAGUGCUGCGUUCACUGACCCUCGGAUUUAUGAUGCUCCGGUGUGUUUUUAAGCGGGUUAUUUACUGUUUGAGUCGGCCAGUUUGUUCAUAUUUAUCAACCAUAAAAUCAUGUUUUAUUUAACUCUGACACUGAAGUUCGUUCCUGGAUAUUCACUCAUGUUUCUGCUGCUUAAUUCUUCUCUUUGUUAGAGAUAAUCAAUUUAAUUAUAGAAGAAAUCUGCAUAUAAUUAAGUUGAAAACUUUGGAAUAUGACUGACUAGCCUUUAAACGAGUAAUAUCCCCCAUUACAGUAAAAUGUGUCAUAGAGAAAAGAUAAAUCUAGUGCUGUAACUUAAAAUAAUAGUAAUAAUAAUUAUAAUAAUAAUCAUGUGAUAAUAAUAAUAAUAAUAAUAACUUUGUUUGUAUAUCACUUUUAAAAAAACAGAAGUUUACAAAGUGCUUUGAUAUAUAGUCAUAAAGCACAAAGACAGAUAAAAACAAAAAGCUCAGUAAAAACAGAAUUAAAGGUCAUUUUCAUUCGUCAUAAGGAACCCAGACAAUACAAGAACCACGCAACGUAAAAUGAGACCAUGAGGACCAAAAUAAAAACAUUAAAUAGGUAAGAAAAAAGGAAUUAAAAGGGAGGACGAAAGUGGAAACAGGAUAGUAAAUAUUAGAGAAAUAUCAACAAUGAUAAUAAAAUAAAAACAGGUAAUACUGAUAAUAAAAGUAAUGAGCAAAUAAGUUUUAAAGAUUUGUUGUAUGUUUAAUUUAAGUUUUACAGUUCUGCUGUUAAAGAUCUGCUCUGUUUUCAGAAAUAAAACAUGACUAAUGUUGUUUUAAAUUUAAACUAAAUAACUGUAGAUCAGUCAGCUCAUUAUAAUGUUUAUUUAUAAAGACUUUAUUUAGAAGUUACUGUCAUCCAGAGUUAUUUGGACCCCGUUGUGCCCUCACGUUUUACGACCCUCUCUGAAACUCAUUUUUCCUGAUUUUCCGACUGCACGUGAACGCAGGAUGGUAGCUCGUGCGUUAGUGAGCUCUCAUUGGUGCGUUCAGGUUCAUAUGUGCUGCAAUGGGGCCGAGAAAAAGGUCACAGAGAGCUCUGCAGCAAGAACUGGAAGAUUUGGUGGUCAAACAUGUUCGGAUUGAGGAAACCGGUGAGAGGAGACUAACGGGGACGAUCUGGAGCUGGACAGGAACUGGUUUUGGUUCCUGUAUGAGGGAACUAACUAACCCUAAAGUUCAAACCUGUCUGAACUAAUGCAUGAGGGCUGUGGGCUCAUGUGUGCAGACUGUCAGCAAACUAAAAACAGGUGUUUGUUUUUCUGCAUGUAUCAGUCAAAGUAAACACGACUGUUGUCUGACACCCAGAGCUGAUCCUAGAGUCUGCUGGGGCUCCAAGCAAAAACUCUCAAGGGGCCCCUCCAACAAGCAUUACACAUAUUACCGUAUUUUUCGUACUAUAAGGCGCACUUAAAAUCCUCUUGGCUUGUUGGAGCACCGCAGCUACCGUAGCCUCGCGGAGUUAUUGAAUGAGUUAAAUAAAGUUUGACUUAUCUGACUGUUUUGUUUGGUUUGAUGCGCUUUAUUAUCCGGUGCGCCUUAUGUAUGAAAAUAGACACAAAUAAACUCGUUCAUUGAUGGUGCGCCUAAUAAUCAAGUGCGCCUUAUAGUGCGAAAAAUAUGGAAAUAUGGAAUCUGAAACCAACAAAAGAGGUUAGAAAGUGAGUUUUUUUUUCUUUAAUUAUCAUUAUUGCUAUCUAACUUAAAUAGCUACAGCUCUAGUAUGUGUUUACACUAACAGCAGCACCUCACCUUUGUUGAUUUGAUGUCUGAGAUUUACUACAAUAUGCUCUAACGUUGACAGUCUUUCAUGCAGAAAGCACACUGUCAACAUUUAAAUCUAAAUUUUAAAGCACCAAUAGUGUAAGAGUUAGGCUGGUUAAUGUUCUUCCUUGAGCUGAGGCACCCUGCUGUAGUCCCUAAUGGACUGGCCUGAGGUCUCACUACAAACAAGCGUCUGCUGGAAGAGAGUAGGUGAGUUGUGUUUAGUCUCUCUGCUAAAGAAAUGAGUCAAAGUUAAAAAGAUGUUUGGUGUCUAGUACUAUGUCUGUGACCCUAUAUGUCCUGUUGAUGAAGUUAGGUGCUGUUCUGAGCAUUAUUUGUGGCUAUAGAGUGGCGUUUUGGUUGGGGGCGUGGCUCUCUGUAUUUCUAUCCUGCGGUCGUUUCUAAAGUUGGUAUAACUAGAGAAGCAAGCGGUCGACAACAUUCAUCUCUGGAGGGGGGGGUCUAACUCGGGGUUACGGUGGGUUUGACCCUAAAUUAGUUUUACACCAGAAUAUCCCUUUAAGACACAAUUUUCUAAAACAGUAUUUCAUUAACAGUAAAGCAGUUGUCUGUGUUAGCUGUUUUUUCCCCUCUAAAUCACUCCCUCACACCGGUGUUCUGGUUACUUUGGUGAAAUUUCAGUACUGUACCUCACAAACACACUUUUCUCUCUCUAACCUCGUUAAGACGGUGGGGGUGUGUCAUCUCACGGUAACAGCGAGUCAAUGAAGCGGGAAAACACAGGCGAACGUCUCGCGCUCCGCUAACAUGACUAAGUACCAAACAAUGAACAGCUAACUUUAUACCUGAUGCUAGUCCAAGUUUUUCCACAUUUCUCUAUCUGCUCCACUUACCGCCAUCUUGUUUUCUUCUUCUUUCUUUUCUCCUGAUAAGUCGCUUCAUCUAACGGCUGAAUUUGACUUCGCUUUGAUUGACGCACGUCAGUAAAGAUGGACGUUGUUCACAUAGCAGAGAAACAGGGAUGACAUGGGGCUCCAUUAGGGGGGUAUCCGACGAAAACAUCCAGGAUCCGUGUUGUCCCGUAUUGUCUCCGUAGAGCGGCGCUGUCUCUCAUCCAGGAUCCGCGUAUUUAGCAGCAGCGUAGAGCAGAGGAAACAACCCGCUCACAGCAGGUUGAUUAAUGGAGUUACAAUAUUUGAGGACAUUUUUGUGGGGUAAGGUUUGUCAGCCCUUUGGGGCCCCCUAGUGGCUUGGGGCCCCAAGCAACUGCCUGCCUUACCUGUUGACAACACCUGUGUGUUUCACCUUUAACCUCCAUCGUGGUCUUUCUGUUUCCAGGCUGGACCGGUGUGAACGAGCGCACCUUCAUCGCCAUCAAACCCGAUGGCGUGCAGCGGAAACUCGUGGGAGAGAUUAUUCGUCGUUUUGAGAAGAAAGGCUUCAAACUGGUGGGACUGAAACUCGUGAAGGUCUGGUGGUCUCUCUGAAGUCCAAACUAAUGUCAGUUUUAACGACCUUUAAAAACUCAUUCUUAAAUGUCUCUGUCCGUGUUUUUUCAGGCCUCCGAGGAUCUUCUGAAGCAGCACUACUGGGACCUGAGGAGCAGACCGUUCUUCUCAGGACUCGUCACCUACAUGAGCUCUGGACCCGUCGUAGCCAUGGUGAGGUCCUCCCUCCUUUACUGUGAUCUGCAGACUUUGUCUCAACUGUCACCAAGUUACCAGGAUGUUUCUGAAGAUACUUGAGCUGAACCCUGUGUCGUUGUCCUGCAUGCCGUGUGUUGGUUCAGGUGUGGGAGGGGCUCGAAGUGGUGAAGACGGCUCGGAGGAUGUUGGGAGAGACGAACCCGGCGGACUCGCUGCCCGGAACGAUCCGAGGAGAUUUCUGUGUGGAAGUGGGCAGGUGAGACCACCUGAAGGUUCUCCUCUGUUUCUCCUCAGGGAGUGGAGACCCUCCUCAUGGUGAGAGUGAGAGGUCCACACGAGGGGUUCAGGUUCAGGUGAAGAAUGUGACGUUUCCAUGUUCUUCUGUGUUUCUGACCUGUUAAAGGAGGACGGGCUUCACUUGAUUUUGGCUCCAAACACACAGACUUCAUGACUUCCUGUUGGUUUUGAUGGAAAUCAAACAUGCGCCGAUAAAUCAGCCAGCUGAUCGAACCACUACGAAGAAACCUGAAACUCCAGACAGUUUAUUGUUGGUUAAAGUUGUUUGUUUGUCCUGUCGAUUAUUAUCUGACUAACCUCCUCAAACUUUGUGAUUUCCUGUAUUUGUAAAAGUAAAAAACUUUAUUUUGGUAGGACGGACCUGCAGUCUGAGCUGAAUGUGACCAAGUGUUGAUCGUUUUUAAAAUGUGGAAAAUAAAAAACUAAAGGAGCUGAUUUAAUUUAGGAGUUUGGACAGAAAUAUUCUAAACUUUUCAUUUAUAUUUGAGAGAACGAACUCGUGCAGUUAAACACUAAAAGUUUGUGUUGUUCCUCAAGUAUUGAUCGAUGUUUUUUUAUUAAAAUAAGAUCGGAGCAUCGACGGUGGAUGUUGUCAGUUAUAAAAAUAAAAUCAGGAUUGGCAGGUCGAACUUUUUUAAAGAUCAGUGAUCAGUCAGAAAAUUGUGAUCUGUGCAGCCCUAAGAGAUGAUAAAUAUCUAAUAGAUGAUAAAUCAAUACCUGAUGAGGAGAGCUAGCCGGUCUGGACUAACCUGAGACUCCUCUGAGACUCCUCUGAGGUGUCCAAGAGUUUCUGCUCCUCCUUUGAUUCAGGAUUUUAGUUCUUGGAUGAUCCAGAAGAAGCUGAAGCUGAUCAUGAUGGUAUUGAUCACCUCCUCUCUCUCCCUGGUCUGUGUUUGCUCCUGCAGGAACGUGAUCCACGGCAGUGACUCUGUGGAGAGCGCUCAGAGGGAGAUCUCUCUGUGGUUCCAUCAGAACGAGCUGCUGAGCUGGGAGGACAACAGCAGACGCUGGAUCUACGAGUAG